GGUCAGUUGACGUGAGGUCAAACCCCCUCGACUUGAACACGCACGAAUAAAAGCAUCUGACUGCAGACACAACGGUUUUAUUUGACCACAUUAAAUCUAGGUUUAUAUAUCUGUUUUAAACAGUUGUAAAAUUGCACAGACAGUCUGCAACUGAAUUUAUUUACUGCACAUCUUGCUUAAUUAAAUACCAGUAACCCGCAGCAAAGAUGAAGACUAAAUUCAUCAAUGGCGUGUCUUCCUCUCCUUCGAUGUCUCUGGGUUUAUUGGUAAACGAGAAUGUCCUUGAAGUCCAGCCAGAAAGUGGGACCGACUGCAAAGACCUUAUUCGACUGGACGAGCCCGACCAUCAGACGAAGCAUAAGGCGUAUCAGUGGUGUAAAGAAUUUCUUCACGGAGGCUGGAAAUCCAUAGAUGAGGAUGAUUUCCAAAUCUCUAUCAUCAGGGGAGGUCUCAGUAACAAACUGUUCCUCUGCGCUUUGCCAGAGAAGCAACCAAGCCUUGGAGACGAACCACGGAACGUGCUCCUUCGCCUAUAUGGACAAAUUCUGCAGAUGUCCUGUAAUAAAGGGGAUUCCAGACAGUCAAACACAGAUCACUUUCAAGGAGCUGAUUCCAUGGUACUGGAGAGUGUGAUGUUUGCUAUCCUGGCCGAGCGGGAGCUUGGACCGAAGCUUUAUGGCAUCUUUCCUCAAGGGAGACUUGAACAAUUUGUCCCAAGCCGAAAACUGUCCACAGAUGAGCUGAGUGUCCCUGGAAUAUGUGCUGAGAUUGCUGAAAAGAUUGCCAAAUUUCAUGCAAUGAGAAUGCCUUCCAACAAGGAGCCAAAGUGGCUGUUUGGCACCAUGGAAAAGUACAUGGAUCAAGUGCUUCAGCUGACAUUCACCAGGGAGUCCCAUCUGCGAAAUGUUUCCCGUCUUUUGAGCUAUAACUUGCCUCAAGAAAUGGAUAAUCUGAAGUGUCUACUUGAAUCUACUCCCUCCCCCGUUGUUUUCUGCCACAAUGACUUGCAAGAAGGAAACAUCUUGCUCCUCAGUGGUGGUGAAAACACAGACAGACAGAGGCUCAUGUUGAUUGACUUUGAGUACAGCAGCUACAACUACAGAGGAUUUGACAUUGGAAACUUUUUCUGUGAGUGGAUUUAUGAUUACACCUUUGACAUGUUUCCAUUUUUCAAGACCAACACCAAAAAUUAUCCCACCAAAGCACAGCAGAUGCAUUUCUUUCAGUGUUAUCUGUUGCAAUCGGACAUUGGAUUUGAAACCUUGAGUGAGGAGGACCAGCUGAAACUCAAAGAGGACAUGCUGGUUGAAGUUAACAGGUUCGCACUGGCCUCCCAUUUCUUCUGGGGAUUGUGGUCCAUGAUCCAGGCCAAAAUAUCAACUAUUGAGUUUGGGUACAUGGAGUAUGCCAUGGCCAGGUUUGAUGCAUACUUUGAGCUGAAGAGGAAGCUCAGGCUUUGAAGGAAGUGUGCAUGAAUUCCCAAUGGACAGAAGAGAGAGGGAACAACCAUUUGAAUGUUGACAGGAAAAGAGUGGGGCAAAGUUUGAAUGUGCUUAAAAGAGGAUGCUCUGCCUUUGCAAUGAUAAUACCAUGCUGCAUGGACCAACGCAUUGAGUGUCCCAUGUGCUGCUUCUUAGUGUUUACAAAUUUAACCUUCAUACACAGCCUGAGCUUCUGGACAAUUAGAGAAAAACUACAUUAUGUAAUAAGAAUAAUGUCACAUACCAUAGAAAUUAGUCUAGGUUGGAGUAAGGGUGGAGCUGUUAGACAAUAUUUUAUGCAUCUAGACUGAUUCAUAUAGUCAUUGGAUGGUGUGGUGAUAAGUAAGUACAUCAUACUAAUCUGUACAUUGUGGUGUUUCUUAUCACCCGGUCAUCUACUGUAGUGUUAUCUAUACUACUGGUGAAAUAAGACACACUGUGAAAGAGUAAGGUUCAACUGCACCUGUUACCAGAAAAUGGUACAACAGACCAAACUAAGUUGACAAUGCGGUUCAAAUUAUUUCCAGUAUUGCUCAAGUUUUCUGUUUCCAUUUUAAUGGGAUGUUUUUUGUUGUCUUUUAUACUGGAUGAUUUACCUCUAUGUCAUGUUCUACUUAAACAUCUCGCUGUGGAUCAUGUCUUUUCAUUUCUAUUUCCAGUAGUUUAGUAGAUCCAUGUGAUGUGAACUGAAGUCCAGUGAGGAACAUGCCAUCUGCGUACUCCUUAGGAGAGAGAUGGUAUGAAAUAUACAAUCUCAAACAGUGGAUAACUUUAUGGCUUUGACCAUAGUGCUCUCAUUCACCUCCUAUUUGAGGUGGUUCGUGUAUAUUUUUUUCAUUUGAUAAGAGACAUUAAUGUCCAGUAAUGUGAAAUUACUCCCAUUAUAUCUGUUUUAAAACAGUGGCCCCUAUUAUCAGUGCUGGGUAGAAACAGAUUACAUGUAAUCUGGAUUAUGUAAUGUAGUUACAAAAAUAAAUACUUGCAAUUAGAUUAAAUUACAUUUAAAGUACUCAUAAUUGGAUUAAAGCUCCUUUAUUAUAGAUUACAUGAUUACAUAUUAAUCAGGCAAAGGCAGUAAAUUGUUCAUAAUUUAUUGUUCCCUUUCAUUUUUCUUCUUUUUAAAUAUUUAAAUUUUGUUGUUCUAAAUCAGCCAAAAGCUUAUAUAUGUUCAGUAAAUCUUGAAUUCUGAAUUUAAGUCUGGAAUUACGCACACAGACCUGGUACUAGCCACCAGUCAUAAAUAUGAUGAAUUGCAAUUCACACAUAAAUGCCGAUCCGAUUACAUUAGUGUGGUAAAGUUAAUUUUAUUUUAGCGAAUUGCAUUUGUACUUGGCUUCAAAAAUAUACAUGCAUGCACUUUCUUUUUUUUUUUUUUUUUGAUGGUAAUUCACAAAUACAACUGGUGUUAUCGGUUAACACACAUGGAUGGCAUUUGUACUACCAAAAUUGCUGUGAAAGAACAUUUUAAGUUUCUUUUUAUUUCACUCAGAAAGACAACACACACACAAAACAUACAAAUUCUCAUAUUUUGAUCCAUUAAGUUUAAUGCAUUUAUGCAACAUUGUCAAAAUAGUACAAGCUUAUCCUACUCAAAUGCAUGUGACAUCAAAUAAACAAGAAUUAGGUCAGAAGUAAUCCAAAAGCAAUUAGAUUAAAUUACUUUAAAAUGUAAUCCAAGAGAUUACAUUACUGACUACAAUUUUGUCAUGUAAUUUGUAAUCAGUACCAGAUUACAAUCCAGAAGUUAUCUACCCAGCACUGCCUAGUAUAUCUAAUAGUGAUAUAUUUAAAACAUUUUAAAGCUUAAUAUCAUUUUAAAGAACAAUAUUUAAUUAAGUUCCUUGAGUUUAGUUUUUUUUUUUUCUGUGUAUAACCUAAAUUGUGGUAAAUGUAUUUUUACGGUUUAUUGUUUAUUUUUUUCAUUAACCUCAUAUUUUUGAAAUGUAGGUAUUGUAAUACAAUAUUCUGAGGCUGUCUGGCUUUUUUGCUAACAGUGAUGUCAAAAGCACUUUCUGAAUCAGCUCUGUGAAAAGUUUUAGUAUUUUCAAAUGUAACUUCUAUUAUAUUUCUGCAAUGGAAGAUGUAUUUUUCUUAAUAAGAAAGUGUUCUCUGUACUUACUGAAAUGUUUGAUGGUUCUCUUUGCCAUUUUUACUUGUACUAGACUUGUGAUUGAAUUAAUUUUGUUUUCACAUAUAACACAUAUCUUAAUGUAAAAUCUGAACAUUUUGAAUAUUUAUUUACCUAACUGGUCUCUAAAAAUCUGUACCAAUUUUUGGAACAUCAUUGGACAAAAAGGAAAAAGUGGAAGCUGUUUGAAUGUUUAAAAAUUAUUAAACAUGAUUCCAUUGUAUUUUGAAGUCAGGUGUUAAUCUAGACCAGCAUACUAGCCUUACUAAGUCAUCAAUCUCUACAUUAAUAUUAAGCAUUUUGGGAUAGAGAGAGAGAGAAAAAAAGACUUGUAUCUAAAUAUAUAUAAAUAAUUAAAAAAAGUUCUGCUACCAAAAGAUGUAAGUGAGAUGAUUCUGCAGAACAGAACAUCAGUGUAAUGUACUAAUUCAUGCUUUGCACAUUUACUAUAAAUAAAGGGUUUGCAAAAUUA